CUGAACAUCAGCCAAAUGGAAGCACCAUCCCCUCUAACAGCAAAACCUCCUUCACUAACUGGACCACUGCUUGCCCGGCUGCCCACCUGCCGCUCCGCGCGCCCGGCCGCCAGCAUGAUCGCCGCGCAGCUCCUGGCCUGCUACUUCACCGAGAUCAAGGAUGACCAGAUCAAGAAGAUUGACAAGUAUCUCUACGCCAUGCGGCUCUCCGAUGAAACUCUGGUAGAUAUCAUGACUCGCUUCAAGAAGGAGAUGAAGAAUGGCCUCUCCCAGGAUUUUAACCCAACAGCCACAGUCAAGAUGUUGCCAACGUUUGUAAGGUCCAUUCCUGAUGGUUCCGAAAAGGGAGAUUUCAUCGCCCUGGAUCUCGGGGGGUCUUCCUUUCGGAUUCUGCGGGUGCAAGUGAAUCACGAGAAGAAGCAGAAUGUCCACAUGGAGUCCGAGGCCUACGAAACCCCCGAGAACAUCGUGCAUGGCAGCGGGAGCCAGCUUUUCGAUCAUGUUGCUGAAUGCCUGGGAGACUUCAUGGAGAAAAGGAACAUCAAGGACAAGAAACUGCCCGUAGGAUUCACCUUCUCGUUCCCUUGCCGACAAUCAAAAAUAGACAAGGCUGUCCUGAUCACCUGGACAAAGCGAUUCAAGGCGAGCGGCGUGGAAGGGGCAGAUGUGGUCAAGCUGCUGAACAAAGCCAUCAAAAAGCGAGGGGACUAUGACGCCAACAUCGUGGCUGUGGUGAACGACACGGUGGGGACCAUGAUGACAUGUGGCUACGACGACCAGCAGUGUGAAGUCGGCCUGAUUAUUGGCACCGGCACCAACGCGUGCUACAUGGAGGAGCUGAGGCACAUCGACCUGGUGGAGGGUGACGAGGGCAGGAUGUGCAUCAACACGGAGUGGGGGGCAUUCGGUGACGACGGCGCCCUGGAAGACAUCCGCACUGAGUUUGACAGGGAGAUCGACCGGGGCUUGCUCAACCCGGGGAAGCAGCUGUUCGAGAAGAUGGUCAGUGGCAUGUACAUGGGGGAGCUGGUCCGGCUGAUCCAGGUCAAGAUGGCCAAAGAGGGCCUCUUGUUCGAAGGGCGAAUCACCCCAGAGCUGCUCACCCGAGGGAAGUUCAACACCAGCGACGUGUCAGCCAUCGAAAAGAAUAAGGAAGGCCUCCACAACGCCAAAGAGAUCCUGACCCGCCUGGGAGUGGAGCCGUCCGACGAUGACUGUAUUUCUGUUCAGCAUGUGUGCACCAUUGUCUCGUUCCGCUCGGCCAACCUGGCGGCUGCCACGCUGGGCGCCAUCUUGAACCGCCUGCGGGACAACAAGGGCACGCCCCGGCUACGCACCACCGUCGGUGUCGACGGCUCUCUGUACAAGACACACCCACAGUAUUCCCGGCGUUUCCACAAGACCCUGAGGCGCCUGGUGCCUGACUCCGAUGUGCGCUUCCUGCUGUCGGAGAGUGGCAGCGGCAAGGGGGCUGCCAUGGUGACGGCGGUGGCCUACCGCCUGGCUGAGCAGCACCGGCAGAUAGAGGAGACCCUGGCCCACUUCCGCCUCACCAAGGAGAUGCUGCUGGAGGUGAAGAAGAGGAUGCGGACCGAGAUGGAGGCGGGGCUGAGGAGGCAGACGCACGACAAGGCCGUGGUCAAGAUGCUGCCCUCCUUCGUCCGCAGCACCCCCGACGGCACCGAGAACGGUGACUUCUUGGCCCUGGAUCUCGGAGGAACGAACUUCCGCGUCCUGUUGGUGAAAAUCCGUAGCGGGAAGAAGCACACAGUGGAGAUGCAAAACAAGAUCUAUGCCAUCCCUCUGGAGAUCAUGCAGGGCACCGGGGAAGAGCUGUUCGACCACAUCGUCUCCUGCAUCUCCAACUUCCUGGACUACAUGGGAAUCAAGGGCCCGCGGAUGCCACUGGGCUUCACAUUCUCGUUCCCCUGCAAGCAGACGAGUCUGGACGCGGGAAUCUUGGUCACCUGGACCAAAGGCUUCAAGGCAACUGACUGCAUGGGCCAUGACGUAGCCACUUUACUGAGGGACGCCAUCAAAAGGAGAGAGGAAUUUGACCUGGAUGUGGUGGCCAUGGUCAAUGACACGGUGGGCACCAUGAUGACCUGUGCCUACGAGGAGCCCACCUGCGAGGUUGGACUUAUUGUAGGGACGGGCUGCAAUGCCUGCUACAUGGAGGAGAUGAGGAACGUGGAGAUGCUGGAGGGGAACGAGGGGCAGAUGUGCAUCAACAUGGAGUGGGGCGCCUUUGGUGACAACGGUUGUCUGGAUGACAUCAGAACCAUCUAUGACCGACUGGUGGACAAAUAUUCUCUAAACGCUGGGAAGCAGAGGUACGAGAAGAUGAUCAGCGGCAUGUACCUGGGGGAGAUCGUCUGCAACAUCCUCAUCGACUUCAAGAAGGGCUUCCUCUUCCGCGGGCAGGUCUCCGAGCCGCUCAAGACGAGGGGCAUCUUUGAGACCAAGUUCCUCUCUCAGAUCGAGAGCGACCGGCUGGCGCUGCUCCAGGUGCGGGCCAUCCUCCAGCAGCUGGGUUAAACAACCUCAUAAAAGGGGCUUAUUCCAUU